AGAAAAAUUAACAAAAGAAAGACCUAGACAUAAAAGUUUCCACUCUUGUGUCUUCUUCAUUCCAAGAAGAAAUCAAGAAAUGGAUCAUGGAGAAAUGAGCACUAAGGAAACUACCACUUUGAAGCUUAUACCCGGGUACGAAAAUGUGAUGGAGCUCGAGCAAAGAAGACAAGAGCUGAAGGCUGUCGAGAAGAGGAUGGAAAAUGUUAUUGGAGAAAAAGAGAUUGACGAUCUAAACUUGACAGAAUUAAUUGAGUUCGAGAAGAAGCUUGAAGAUAUCCAAAGUCUACAGUUGAAGAAGUUGGAAAAGAUUCCUUGGAAAGACAUGAUACAGCCAGCCAAAGAUCUUGUAGUUCUGAACGAAUAUGUCAAGUUUAAGAUUGGAGAAAUGCAGGCUAGGAUUUCCAUGCCUCAAAACGACGAAUUUGAUAUUAAAAUGGAAGUAGGAAAAAAGGAAGAUUUGAAGGGUUUGAAAAUGAGGAUGAAAGUGUUCAUUGGAGAAAAGGAGUCUGAAGACAUACACUUGGAGGAAUUGAUUGAGUUCAGUAAAAAGCUUGAAGCUCUUCACCCAAAGAGCGUGAUGCAUUUGGACGACAUGACAGAAGAAAUUAAAGAUAUAUUCAUUAUGAAAGAAAUUGUGAAGAAAAUGAUCGCGAAGAGGGAUCCUAACUCGUCUAAAACGAUGAUCAUCCAGAAUUAUUUUUAAUUAGAAAUUAGUAACAUAUAAAUUCAUUAUCAUGGAUCAUAUAUGAUCACUUUGUCGCUUGUUUCUCCCAUUACAUAUUUACAGAAUAAUUUGGGAUUAUUUUAAUAUCAAUGGAAGGAACUUAUGUUGUUAUUUUAUAUUUUAAUCGGAUUUUCUCAUAAUUAAAAGA